GCUCUAUCUUUACUCAUCAUCGAUCAUGUCGAUGUGCUAAUAAUAUUUCGUUGUCUCGAUUGGUUCGCUAUCGAUUCGUACAAUAUUCGUAGUGGCGAGAGAUUUUGAUGUCGGACUAUUCAUACUCGGAUAACCCAGCGGGACCACGAUUAGUGUCCUACGAGAGACACGAAGGCAAUCUUGAUUUUGAUAACAGGCCAAACCAUAAUGACCCUUACAACGCCUACAAUCGUGCUCCCCUACCUGACCGUCGCACGCAACGGUCCUACUCGUUUCAGAAAAGGGAGGAGGUUUCUAUGAAUCAGAUUCUUCGGCGAACUUCGAAUUCUGUGGCGCCAGUCACAGCGGAAGCGAUGAGCAGAACUUAUCCAGUCGAACGGCGGCAUGAAUUUGAACGACCAACACCACCACCACAUCAGAUGAAUGACUUCGCUUAUCGUGGUAUGCCUAACGAUGUCCCAAGAUAUCAUCACAAUGACGAAUAUCCUGCCCAGUCCGCAUCCUUCAACAACGCAAGAUGCUAUGAUCCCGUGCAGGAGACCGAUAUCCUUGGUGAUGACGUUAGCGAGGCACAGUCGGACGUGUACGGACCGGGCGCAUAUGAACCAGCAGAUGAGCAAACGUCCAGCAGCGAAGAAGAGGAUGAUCCAGAGUUGAAAGAAUUAGAAGAAAGAGACAAUAUAGUCUUGAAGUAUGAAAAGGGCCCCGAAUCGAAGGACAUCGACCCUUGGGAGAAUCCAGAGUUUGACGUCUAUGCGAAGAUGGAUCGCUUUGGAUUUGUGCACAAAGACGCCAACGAAGCUACCGAAGAAGAACGUGCAAAUCGGCGAAGAGUAGAAAAAGAAAUAAGACGAGUGAAUAAAUGGCUAGCAAUGGAAGCAGCAUGGAAGAAGGGUCGAAUACCUAAGAAGCUGGAAGAAAGAACGUGGAAGGGAAUCCCGGAGAAAUUGCGCAUGACGAUCUGGCCUCGUUUACUUGGUGCUUAUGAUAUGAAGGAAGCACGACCGGAUGUCUAUUAUCAAUUACUAAUGAGAGCUCGACUUGUAUCAAAAGAUAUCAAACAAAUUGAUCUCGAUAUAAACAGAACCUAUAGGGACCAUAUAUCAUUUCGUAGACGUUACGACGUCAAACAACAAUCUCUACUUAAUGUUCUCGCUGCAUAUUCUAUGUACAAUACGGAAGUUGGUUACUGUCAAGGGAUGAGCCAAAUUGCUGCUUUGUUUUUGAUGUAUCUAGAUGAGGAAGACACUUUUUGGUGUAUACAUGCGUUGAUGGUGGGGAAAAAGCAUACUAUGCAUGGAUUCUUUGUUCCCGGUUUUCCUAAAUUGUCUCGGUUCGAAGCUCAUUUCAAAAAGGUGCUCAAAAAGUAUCGACCACGGGUAUACAAGCAUUUGGAAAAGAAUGAUAUUCCUUAUAUUUACCUCACCAAAUGGUGGUUUGGUUGUUUUCUGGAUCGGGUACCGUUUUCAUUAGCAUUGAGAUUAUGGGAUGUUUACAUACUUGAAGGAGAUCCAAUCUUGCUAGCUAUGGCAUUGAAUAUAAUGAAAAUGCAUGAGAAAUCCAUAAGAAAGCUGCAAAUGGAAACUUUUAUGGAUUUUAUACAGAACACAAUCGCCAACAAUUUUGGUUAUUCGGACGAUGAGACCAUGUAUUCGUUGAGGGAGGUUCUGAGCAGGUUGAAGAGUGAUGGUCUUCACUAUCCACCACCACCAAAACCUGAUGAUCUCCCAGAAGUUCCAACGAAAGCACUUGGCCCUAUACUGUCCAAGCCGAUCUCUUCUAUUCGAGAAGAACAGGAAGAGAUCAAAUCGCGGAGAAGUCAUGCAGCUUCUGUUGGGAGAUCACCACAUCCGCGGCGAAGCCGAAAACCAGUCUGGCACCACUCAUUCGCGGCCGAGAUAUUCAAAUCUGGACUCUUACCCAGAAGGGUUUGCCCUGGUGUCAAAAAUUCAUGCAUGGUGCUGUAA